AGCAGUGUGGAGGAACAUGGGGGACAGCUCCACCUGUUGCUGCUGCCCAGCAGGCUGGAGACACAGAAUGGCCCCUCCCCUUGGCCCCCCAUCCCCCAAGCCAUAGUUCUCAUCCAUUGUCAUCAUACUGUCUCGGCGCUGCUAUAUUUAAGGAGUGCAGGCUCCGAGAUCGCAUUCUUCUCCCAGUGCCCACUGAGCCGAGAACGACAAUAGAACAAGGACCCUCUCGACCUCUGGAAUCUUCUCCCCAGAGAAGUGGGCACGCUGCUUCUGGAUUCGCUUCCUGAGCCUCCCCGAGAGCAGUGUGAUCCAGCCCCAGUGGAUGCCAUCAGGGACCUGGAGCUGAGCCUCGGGAAUGCAAAGGAGAUAGCGAGACAAGGCCGGGGCUGCGGCAGGAAGCAGCUGGAAGCCCGGGGCCUACUCCCUAACGUGCGGCUCUGCUCACUCAGUCGGGGAGCGCGUGGUGUGGAGAAGCCAGCCUCAAGACUGAAGCCUGCCUCUGUCACCUUAGGUUGCUGCUCUCGGAGGCAUGACUCUGCCGCACAGCUUGGGAAGCACGGGGGACCCCCGCCCCCCUCAAACAGUGGAGGUCCACAGGCUGGAGCACCGGCAGGAGGAGGAGCGGAAGGAGGAGCGGCAGCACAGCCUGCACAUGGGCUCCUCAGUGCGCAGGAGGACCUUCCGAAGCAGCGAGGAAGAGCCCGAGUUCAGCGCGGCGGACUGCGCCCUGGCAGCAGCCCUGGCUCUCACGGCCUCCUCCGAGCUGUCUUGGGAAACCCAGCUGAGAUGCCAGACCUCUGCAGUGGAGCUGGAGGAGCGAGGGCAGAAGCGGGUGGGCUUCGGCAAUGACUGGGAGAGGACCGAGGUCGCCUUCCUGCGGACCCACCGGCUGCUGCGCCAGAGGCGGGACUGGAAGAUGCUGAGGCGGCGGACAGAGGAGAAGGUCCAGGAGGCCAGGGAGCUGAGGGAGCUGUGCUCUGGCCGUGGGCCCUGGUUCUGGAUCCCUCUUCGCUCCCACGCCGUCUGGGAGCACACUACAGUCCUGCUGACCUGCACCAUCCAGGCCUCACCACCACCCCAGGUCACCUGGUACAAAAAUGACACACGGAUUGAUCCCCGCCUCUUUCCUGCCGGAAAGUACCGAAUCACCAACAACUAUGGGCUGCUGUCCCUGGAGAUUAGAAGAUGCGCCAUUGAGGACUCAGCCACUUACACCGUGCGAGUGAAGAAUGCCUACGGCCAGGCCUCCUCCUUCGCCAAAGUCCUCGUCCGCACUUACCUGGGGAAGGAUGCUGGUUUCGAUUCAGAGAUCUUCAAAAGAUCAAUGUUUGGCCCCAACGUGGAAUUCACAUCAGUGCUGAAGCCAGUCUUCGCUCGUGAGAAGGAACCCUUCUCCCUGUCAUGCUUGUUUUCAGAAGAUGUGUUAGAUGCUGAGAGCAUCCAGUGGUUCCGAGAUGGGAGGCUACUGAGGUCCUCGAGACGUCGGAAGAUCCUCUACACAGACCGCCAGGCGUCCCUGAAGGUAUCCUGCACCUACAAGGAGGAUGAGGGGCUCUACAUGGUCCAAGUGCCCUCACCCUUCGGAGCCCGGGAACAGAGCACCUAUGUGCUCGUGAGAGAUGCUGAGGCCGAGAACCCCGGGGCCCCAGGCUCCCCACUGAACGUCCGAUGUCUGGAUGUGAACAGAGACUGCCUCAUCCUGACCUGGGCCCCACCCAGCAACACCCGGGGCCACCCCAUCACUGCCUACUCCAUUGAGCGGUGCCAGGGUGACUCUGGGGAAUGGGUCCCCUGCCAUGAGGCCCCCGGAGGGACUUGUCGGUGCCCAAUCCAAGGCCUCGUCGAAGGUCAGAUGUAUCAGUUCCGGGUGAGAGCCAUCAGCAGGGUGGGCAGCAGCCUUCCCUCCAAAGCCUCAGAGGUAGUUGUCAUGGGCGACCAUGAUGCAGCCCGGAGGCAGACAGAGAUCCCGUUUGAUCUGGGAAACAAGAUCACCAUCAGCACAGAUGAUUUUGAAGAAACUGUGACCAUCCCUUCACCACCGACCAAUGUCCAUGCCUGCGAGAUUCGAGAGGGCUACGUGGUUCUGGCCUGGGAGGAGCCGAGACCCCGGGGCAGAGCGCCGCUGACAUACUCUCUGGAGAAGUCAGUCAUAGGUAGCGGCACCUGGGAGGCCAUUACCUCAGAAAGCCCUGUGAAAUCCCCGAGAUUCGCCCUUCUGGACCUGGAGAAAGGGAAGUCAUAUGUCUUCAGAGUGAGAGCAAUGAACCGGUACGGGCUGAGUGACCCCUCGGAGCCCAGCGAGCCCAUCAUCUUGCGGGGCAAGCCAGCUACCCUCCCUCCUCCAGCUCAAGUUCAAGCUUUCCGAGACACACAGACCUCUGUCUCCCUGACCUGGGAUCCCGUGAAAGAUUCAGAGCUCCUGGGUUAUUACAUCUACUCCCGGGAGGUGGGGUCAUCUGAGUGGCAAACAGUCAACAACAAACCCAUCCAAGGCACCAGGUUUACAGUUCCUGGUCUGCGGACGGGGAAGGAGUACGAGUUUUGUGUCCGGUCAGUCAGCGAGGCUGGGGUAGGCGAGAGCUCAGCCGCCACUGAGCCCAUCAGGGUCAAGCAGGCUCUGGCUACCCCAUCUGCCCCAUAUGGCUUUGUCCUCCUGAACUGCGGGAAGAAUGAAAUGGUCAUUGGGUGGAAACCCCCCAAGCGUCGCGGAGGUGGCAAGAUCCUGGGCUACUUCCUGGACCAGCACGACUCAGAGGAGCUGGACUGGCACGCGGUCAAUCAGCAGCCCAUCCCCACCCGGGUCUGCAAGGUUAGUGACCUUCAUGAAGGCCACUUCUAUGAGUUCCGUGCCCGGGCUGCCAACUGGGCAGGUGUUGGCGAGCUGUCAGCACCCAGCAGCCUGUUUGAGUGCAAAGAGUGGACGAUGCCCCAGCCAGGCCCCCCGUAUGAUGUCCGGGCUUCCGAGGUACGGGCCACAUCCCUGUUACUGCAGUGGGAACCCCCACUGUACACAGGGGCUGGGCCUGUCACCGGUUACCACAUCAGUGUCCAGGAGGAAGGCUCUGAGCAGUGGAAGCCGGUCACCCCAGGCCCCAUCUCUGGCACCCACCUGAGGGUUUCUGACUUGCAGCCAGGAAAGAGUUAUGUGUUCCAGGUACAGGCCAUGAAUUCAGCUGGUCUGGGGCAACCGUCCAUGCCCACUGAUCCCGUGUUCCUGGAGGACAAGCCAGAUGCCCAUGAGAUCGAGGUUGGUGUGGAUGAAGAGGGCUUUAUCUAUUUGGCUUUCGAAGCCCCUGAAGCCCCAGAUUCCUCAGAGUUUCAGUGGUCCAAAGACUACAAGGGUCCACUGGACCCCCAGAGGGUCAAGAUCGAGGAUGAAGUUAACAAGUCCAAGGUCAUCCUGAAAGAACCUGGCCUCGAGGAUGUGGGCACCUACUCAGUCAUAGUCACUGAUGCUGAUGAAGACAUCUCAGCAAGCCACACACUGACCGAGGAAGAGCUGGAGAGACUAAAGAAGCUGAGUCAUGAGAUCAGAAACCCAGUGAUCAAACUGAUCUCGGGCUGGAACAUUGACCUCCUGGAACGAGGGGAGGUGCGGCUUUGGCUGGAAGUAGAAAAGUUAUCUCCCGCCGCUGAGCUACAUCUAAUCUUCAACAAGAAGGAGAUCUUCAGCUCUCCGAACCGCAAAAUCAGUUUUGAGCGAGAGAAGGGCCUGGUGGAAGUGAUCAUCCAGAACUUGUCUGAGGAGGACAAAGGGUCGUACACCGCUCAACUCCAAGACGGAAAAGCCAAAAACCAGAUUACGUUGACACUGGUGGAUGACGAUUUUGACAAACUUCUGAGGAAGGCAGAUGCUAAGAGAAGGGACUGGAAGAGAAAACAGGGUCCUUAUUUUGAGCAGCCGUUGCAAUGGAAGAUCACGGAGGACUGCCAAGUGCAGCUGAUAUGCAAGGUGACCAAUACCAAGAAGGAGACUCGCUUUCAGUGGUUCUUCCAGAGGGCAGAGAUGCCAGAUGGUCAGUAUGACCCAGAGACGGGAACAGGACUUCUCUGCAUCGAAGAGUUGUCCAAAAAGGACAAGGGGAUUUACAGAGCGAUGGUUUCUGACGAUCGAGGGGAGGACGACACCAUAUUGGACCUCACGGGUGACGCCCUGGAUGCCAUCUUCACUGAGCUGGGCAGGAUUGGUGCCCUCUCUGCAACGCCACUGAAAAUCCAGGGGACUGAGGAAGGGAUCCGGAUCUUCAGCAAGGUCAAGUACUACAACGUGGAGUACAUGAAAACCACCUGGUUCCACAAAGACAAACGCCUGGAGAGCGGUGAUCGCAUAAGGGUGGGCACCACCCUGGAUGAGAUCUGGCUUCACAUCCUGGACCCCAAAGACUCAGACAAGGGCAAAUACACUCUGGAAAUAGCUGCAGGGAAGGAAGCCCGGCAGCUCUCGACAGAUCUCUCAGGGCAAGCUUUUGAGGACGCCAUGGCUGAACACCAGAGACUGAAAGCCUUGGCCAUCAUCGAGAAGAAUCGUGCCAAAGUGGUGAGGGGUCUGCCGGAUGUGGCCACAAUCAUGGAAGAUAAGACCCUGUGCUUGACUUGCGUCAUCUCAGGAGACCCCACCCCUGAAAUCUCUUGGCUGAAGAAUGACCAGCCUGUCACCUUCCUUGACCGAUACCACAUGGAAGUGAGGGGCACCGAGGUCACCAUCACCAUUGAGAAGGUCAACAGUGAUGACAGCGGCCGCUAUGGUGUCUUUGUCAAGAACAAGUAUGGCUCCGAGACGGGCCAGGUCACCAUCAGUGUGUUCAAGCACGGAGAUGAGCCCAAGGAGCUGAAGAGCAUGUGAAGCGUGUGUCUGGGCACAGUCUCAGUCUAGUCUGCAUGGACCAGUAGGGACAACCAGUGGGUCACAGCCUGGCACAGGCUAUAGGGGUGGGGCAGAAGGAAAGGGGACAAGAUAGAACCCAGGAUGUGAGGGUGAGGGUGGAGCGGUUGCACCCAAGUGGUGAAGCGAAAAUCCUUCUGGGGUCCUGAGAGGCCUCCGGGAGAGCAGGAAGAACCCAGGACCCAGAAUAGAAGACCCGGCUGCACUAGUACUAUUUACCAGUAUUGGCAUCUAAUAAGUAGAGAUCAGGGCCGGGUGUGGUGGUGCACGCCUGUAAUCCCAGCACUUUGGGAGGCCAAGGCAGUGGAUCACAAGGUCAGUAGUUCAAUACCAGCCUGGCCAACAUGGUGAAACCCCACCUCUAUUAAAAAAAUUUUUUUUUAUUUUUAAAAAGUAGAGAUCAGGUACUAAACACUAAAGACUAAUCAGAUACUAAACACGGCUCACCGCAACCUCUACCUCAAAUGCUAAACUCUAAACACUGUAGCUCCCACCACAUAGAAUUAUCCCAACCCAGAUGUCACAAGUGCCAAGGGUCAUGAGCCCUGCCACAUACUGAUACAUCAACCCCUCUUUUAGGAUACCAUAGUUUCAAUUCACAUACGUUCAAGAGACAUUUAUCUGAAGUCUAGCAUGUGACAGGCUGAGGAUGGAGCUGGGAAUACAAAGGUAACUGAUAAGCAGGUUCUACUUGCAAAGAGGCCUUAGUCCAGUAGGAGAAACAGACCUGGGUGCAAACAAUUCCAGGACAAGGCAGGACAUGAUAAAGAUGAUAAAGUACGUUCAAGGAAAGUGCCACCAGUGGUCCAAGGAGGGAGACAGAAGGUCAUCCCAACAGGGGGAGGUAGGGCUUUUAAAACAGCUUCAUCCAGGCCAGGCAAGCUAUAAUCUCACAUGUGUAAUCACGUGUAUUACAUGUCUCACAUGUGUAAUCUCAGCACUUUGGGAGGCUGAGACGGUGGAUCACCUGAGGUCGGGAGUUCGAGACCAGCCUGGCCAACAUGGCAAAACCCCAUCUCCACUAAAAAUACAAAAAUUAGCCAGGGGUGGUGGCAGGCUCCUAUAAUCCCAGCUAUUCAGGAGGCCAAAUCAGGAGAAUCCCUUGAACCUGGGAGGCAGAGAUUGCAGUGAACCAAGAUUGCGUCACUGCACUCCAGACUGGAUGAUACAGUGAAACUCCAUCUCAAAAAAGAAAAAAAAAACCACACACCUUCAACCAAUUAGCAAAACUGGUGUUGGGCCCUGAAAAAUUAGUCCAAUUAUGUGGUGGUAAUGGGGAAAGGACAUCUCAGGAGCAGAGUCUGGUGGAAGCAAAGGGAAGGAGGAGGCUGUGGCUACCCAGGUGGCCUUGGAUACCAGGCUUGGAGCUGGUAACCUCCAGGGCUUCCAGCGCAGGGCCUCUGCCUGGUGUGACAGAUACCGUCUAGCCUCACUUGAUGGAUCUCAGUAGUGAGCUGGGCAUUUCUCUGCCUCUCAACUUCUUUUAAAAAUUAGAUGGGGAGGGUUCAUAAAAUUAUAGAUGUUUGUUGUAAAAUUUUGGAAAACCCUGGAAAUUACAGAUGAGAAAAUAAACAUAACCUAUACUCCGAA